AUGUUUCUUGAUCUCGCAAAUCUAAGUGCUAUUACCAUCGCUCUUCCCACCCUCCGCAAAGAAUUCAGCAUCUCAACCGGAAACUUACAAUGGAUCAUUUCAGCAUAUGCAUUGACGGUCAGUACUUCUGAUUCGGUGUUUUCUGUUGGACACCGACCAAUGUUACUCUUUGGGAUGUCAUUCUUCGCAUUGUUCACCCUAGUAUCUGCUUUGACGCCGACGUUCAUUGGUCUCGUGAUCGCAAGAGCUUUCCAAGGUAAACAAGCCCCCAAGUCAUGA